CAGGUACACACGACCAGGUAGGUACACACAGCUGUCCACAACUCAGCUCAAAUCAAUAUCGUCACUCAGACAGGCCACCUUCCCUCAAAAUCAACCCAGCCCUCUUUCAACCCUCUUUCAACUCUUUAAAGCUACAGAAGUCCCCAUCACGACUUGUUGCCGCCCCUUUUUGCUUUCCUCAUCAUACUCUGCAACCCAAACACCCGCAGCCGUCACACAACAACGGCUUCUCUGAACAGCUAUCUGUUUAUACAAUCUGGUUGAUAGCUCAAGUCACCACCCCGCACCACAGCCUUUGAGGCACGAGAAACCCUACAUCGUCGUCCACCAUGACGCUCUACUACACUCUCGUCUUCCUGCUCCUCGUAGCAGAGAUGUCGCUCUUCAUGUUGCUCGUCGUCCCCAUGCCGUUUACCGUAAAACGCAAAAUGUUCACCUUCCUCUCCGAGAACCCUAUCAUAGCGAAGAUACAAUAUGGUCUCAAAAUCACAUUCAUCUUCAUCUUGAUUCUGUUCCUUGACAGUGUCAACCGUGUCUAUCGAGUACAGGUUGAGUUGGCUGCCGCUACAGAUACAAGCAAGGGCCAAGCUGCUGUCAUGGGACACGAACGACUCGAAGUGCAGGCCCGCAAGUUCUACAGUCAGCGCAACAUGUACUUGUGCGGUUUCACCCUGUUCCUGUCACUGAUCCUAAACCGAACCUACAUCAUGAUCUUGGAUAUGCUGCGUCUCGAGGAGAAGCUUAAGCAGUACGAGGGCACCGACAAGAAGACCAAGGAUAGCGAGAAGCUCGCCGUUGCCGGCAAGCCUGGCGAGAUUGCCCGCCUGAACAAGGAGAUCGAGAAGCGCGACCGCGACAUCGAGACCCUCAAGAAGCAGGCCGAGGGUCUCUCUCGCGAGUAUAACAACUUGUGCGAGAAAUACGGCGAGACACAACCUCCCGCCGGUACUCGCAAGGACAAAUAAGCGGCUUAUCUCUCUGCCUCGACCGAACUUAGGGACACCAUUUCACAUAGUGGUGCUUAGCAACCUGUAUCCUGAGCGAUCCUUUAGGUUGGCGUUCGAGUUUCUUGGGCGGGCCGGAUGUGUGUCUAUGGACGGUUCCUUUGCUUCAUUUCAUAUGAUCGGAUGGAGGAUCCUAAGGAUAACAAUAUACGAGUGUGUUCGGCGCAAAAAGUCAUAUUGCUGGAGUUGUCUAGUUUUAUAGGGUGAUCUUUCACGGGGGUUAUAGAAAAGCCCGGAAUGGGCCCAGCUUGUAUGCUCCUGGAAGAAUACGCUAUGCAAUAUUAUAUGAGGUGAAUGACAUUUAAUGGCCUUGCUCAGUAAUGGCCGUGAAAAAUUACUUCUUAA